ACAAAUAAUUUGAGCAUGGCUUCAGCAUCACUGCAGAAAGUUUUCAAUUACAUUGAUGAAAACAAGAAAAGCCUAAUAGAUAAGUUGGCUGAAUAUGUCAGUGUUAAGAGUGUUUCAGCUUGGCCUGAGAACAGGCCCCAGUGCCAAGAAAUGAUGGAUCUUGCAGCUAAGAUGAUUGAAGAACUUGGUGGGUCUGUUGAAAAAUGUGACGUUGGAAUGCAGAAGUUGGUUGAUGGCACUGAAAUUCCUCUCCCAAAUGUCUUAUUAGGAAAACUUAGCUCUGACCCAAACAAAAAGACAGUCUGUGUUUAUGGUCAUUUAGAUGUUCAGCCAGCAGCAAUUGAGGAUGGAUGGGACUCUGAGCCAUUUGUUUUGACCGAGAGAGACAAUAAACUCUAUGGUAGAGGUUCCUCUGAUGAUAAAGGACCUGCUAUGGGAUGGCUACAUGUGGCUCAAGCGUACAAGAGUCUUGGACUAGAACUUCCUGUGAACCUAUGGAUGUGCUUUGAGGGAAUGGAAGAAAGUGGAAGUGAGGGACUAGACGAACUCAUUGAAGCUAGGAAAGAUGGCUUUUUUAGUGAGGUUGAUUUCGUGUGUAUAAGUGAUAACUACUGGCUGGGCUCUGAGAAGCCCUGUCUCACAUACGGACUGAGAGGGGUCUGCUACUUCUUCGUGGAGAUUGAGUGUGCUGCUAAGGAUCUCCAUAGUGGUGUCUACGGUGGAGCUGUGCAUGAAGCGAUGGUGGACUGUGUGAGCGUUCUCUCAAAACUGGUUGAUACAAAAGGCAAGAUCCUCAUUCCUGGAAUCAACGAGCCUGUAGUUCCAAUGACCGAAGAAGAGAAAAAGGUUUACAAACCAAUACAGUUCUGUCUGAACGAAUACAAGAAAGACGUCGGUUGUGAGACUCUACAAAAGGAAACAAAGGAGGAGGUCCUCCAGCAAAGGUGGAGGUACCCAAGUCUGAGUAUUCACGGAAUAGAAGGAGCCUUCUCUGGAGGGGGUUGUAAAACUGUUAUCCCCAGGAAAGUUAUUGGAAAGUUCUCGAUCAGAAUCGUGCCUAAUCACACGAUCGAGCAGGUUGAGAAGGACACGUGUGACCACGUCAAGAAAGUGUUUGCUGAGCUGAACUCUCCCAACAAAUGCACUGUAAGGAUGGAGCACGGUGGAAACUGGUGGGUAACUGACUUUAACGAUUCCCAGUACCAAGCCGGACGUAAUGCCACCAAACUUGUGUACGGUUGUGAGCCGGAUCUGACCAGAGAGGGAGGAAGCAUCCCUGUCACUCUGACUUUCCAGAAAACUACUGGAAAGAGCGUGAUGUUGCUGCCUAUGGGAGCCGGGGACGAUGGGGCUCACUCUCAAAAUGAGAAGAUAAACAUAAGAAACUACAUCGAAGGGCACAAGUUGUUUGCGGCAUAUCUGGACGAAAUGUCACGUUCCUAAGCUAAGGAGGAGAAAUCGUCUUAUGCUUCCUAAUGAAGCUUUCGUGAAAAACUUUUUUGAUCAAUUUGAAGCACGAUUUUUAAAGCACGAUCUUUGAUAAUUACAAAUUCUAAUUUCAAUUCGUUUUCAGUGACCAAAA